AUGGAGCUGUUUCCGUGUGGAGUCCUGCUGUUGGCCUUAGCACUUACAGGAAGUGAAGCACAGCUUGAUGUUUGUGGCGUUGCUCCGCUCAACAACAGGAUCGUAGGAGGUCAGACGGCUCCUGUAGGGGCGUGGCCCUGGCAGGCCAGUCUGCACUUGCUUAGCUUGCAGUUCUGUGGAGGCUCCCUGAUCAACAACCAGUGGGUCCUGACUGCUGCCCAAUGUUUCUCCAGCACCAGCACAUUAGGAUUGACUGUUUACCUCGGACGCCACUCACAGCAAGACUUCAAUAUUAAUGAGGUUUCCAGACCAGUGUCCAAAAUAAUCAUACAUCCAAACUAUAACUCCAAAACUUUUGACAACGACAUAGCACUGCUGCAGCUGUCCUCGACUGUUCAGUUCAACAACUACAUCAGACCCGUGUGCCUGGCAGCUCAGGGCAGCAACUUCCCUGCUGGGACGACUGCCUGGCUCACCGGCUGGGGAAAUAUCCAGUUUGGCGUUACACUUCCAUCCCCUAAGAAUCUGCAGGAGGUGAGCCUUCCCAUCGUGUCCGACAGUGACUGUAGUAAGUCCUACAAGGGCGUCACCACCAUCACAAAAAACAUGAUCUGUGCCGGCCAGACUGAGGGAGGAAAGGGCUUCUGCCAGGGUGAUGGUGGAGGCCCGAUGGUGAGUAAAAACAGCUCUAUUUGGGUCCAGGCUGGAAUAUCGAUCUUCGGGGUACGCUGCGCUGAGCCCAAAUUCCCAGGAGUCAGUACCCGAGUAUCUCAGUAUCAGUCCUGGAUCAACAGCAAAAUCAGCACCAACCAGCCGGGCUUCGUCACCUUUGGAUCCUCCUCAGACACAAGAGCAUCUCUCUUCAUCUCCCUCUCAGUUCCUCUGCUGCUCUCCAUCCUGCCCGUCCUCUCUUAGGAGAUUUAAUGAAUCCCAGUGUGGUUUAGCUGAAUGCGGCAGUUUCAGACUGCAUCACUGGGAAAACUAUCACACUUAUUUUGAGAUCAGAAAUAUAAAAAUUCUCCA